GUCCAGUCUGCUAUUUUCAGCACACCGUUUCAAACGCAGAAUAUUGGCACUAUUCUAUUCAUCCUGUGCUUUGACGUAGCUAAAAUUAAAAUAUAUUGUGCAUAAAGCCACGUAGUCGGAUUUUUGGUGAUACCAAUCACAAUCCGAAUUGCACGUGGGCGGCGAUUGGUCGUGUCGUUUGACAGUAUGCUCUUGACAGACUGCUAGCUUGCCACUACUACUGAAGGAUUUCUCUGUCUGCUAUGACUACGAAUUCAGCCGGUUUAUCGAAAUGCCUAGAGAAAGCGGAGCUUAUCGGCUCCCCCGACAGCCUCGAAACAGCCCCGUGUGAUUCAUCUUCGAAAAAUGAGCACGGGAAGCAGCCCCUCCAGGGCUUGAAAUUAGCAUCACACAAAGUGCUGGAAAGAGCACAGUUGACGGGCAGAUUGAAAUGUUCAAAAUGUAACGGUUCAAGGAUGUUCUAUUGUUACACGUGUUUCUCUUUAGUAGGUGUGAGCCAACAGGAAAUCCCCACAAUCAAGCUACCCAUUAAAGUAGACAUCAUCAAGCAUCCCAAUGAAACUGACGGCAAGAGCACGGCGGUGCACGCCAAACUCAUCGCACCGCAUGAUGUCACCAUAUACACCUACCCUUGUAUCCCAGAGUAUGAGGGAGAAAGACACAGAGUUGCUUUAGUGUUCCCAGGUCCAGGAUCAUUGACGGUGGAAGAAAUGUCAAAACGAUUGAUUGAGAUUGAGCAGAAGUCGUCUCUCUCUUCCCAAGAAGAGCCAUGCCCAAAGAGGGCAAAGCAUGACAAAGAGGCCAAGAACACAGGGAGUCCAGAAGGCCCACUAAGAGACUGCCCCCUCCAGAGAGUUGUCUUUAUCGACAGCACCUGGAAUCAGACUAAUAAAAUAAUCACAGAUGAACGGCUACAAGCCUUGGUCCAGGUUGAGCUGAAAACGAGGAAGACAUGUUUCUGGCGUCAUCAAAAGGGAUCCCCUGAUACCUACCUGGCGACGAUUGAGGCCAUCUACUACUUCCUGAAAGACUAUCAUGAGCAGUGCCUGGCACAGGAGUACCAGGGUGAAUAUGAUAACCUGCUCUUCUUCUACUCGUACCUGCACCAACUCAUUAACAAAGCCAAGCACAGUGCUGGGAAACUCUGAAAGAGUGAACUCUCUAUGGCCUUCCAGUCUGCGCCAGAUAGAAGAGAUUGUCAUCUUCAUCCAUCAAGACCCAGUGAUUCUCAUGAAUGGCUCCAAGAGACCAGGAAAUAAUUAUGACAAAGACUCAAUAAAGCAAGGGUAGAGACAGUUGUGAACAUGGACA